GCUCCCGAGCACACACACGCUCUGGAGUUCACAGGCCACAAGCAGAGCCAGCCCCCUGCUCUCAUGCAGCUUUGAGUGGAGAUGGUGGUGAUUGCCUGAGCCUGUUACCACGCUGACUGCAGCAGCUGUGCACGCCUCAGUCCUGAGCUGUGCAAGGCUGGAGUAGGAGGCAGUGUUGCUCAGAGCCGAGCGAGGGUGGAUCUCUCUCCAUAGAAGCAAGAGGGGAAGCUGUCAGUGGGAGAGAUGGAGCAGCAGUGUCUGAGAGCAACCUCCCUCUGAGGGAUCCUCUGGGUGUGUGCGUGCGUGUGUGUGUCCCCGUGUCUUGGAUUUCCGCCUGUGCCCUUAAGCUCAUGGCUGCUUUUACAGCCGUGCACAACAGCUGGGUCUGUUCCAUUCUGUGAUCUCCAGAGACAAAGGCACUUCAGAGCCGGACGGACCCACGCCCAGCGACAGCCCUGUGGAGCUCCCUGCGUCGUCUGCAGCCGGGGGCUGUGUGCUUGUGCGGGUGAGAGAGCGAGCAGCCUAAAGAGACCGCUUCCUUGGCUCCAAAUUAACAUCUAGUAAUUUUCCACACCUCUCGGCUUCUUCCCUGACAAGUGGCUGGAAGGUUGGCCUGGGCCAUGGGAGACAAAGGAACCAGUGGUAACGAGACGGCAGCCUACAAGUACAGAGUAUUUAAGAAAGCAAGUCCCAACGGAAAGCUCACCGUCUACCUUGGCAAGAGGGACUUUGUCGAUCACAUAGAUGUUGUGGAUCCUGUUGAUGGUGUUGUGUUGGUUGAUCCAGAGUACUUAAAAGAAAGGAAAGUCUUUGUCACGCUGACAUGCGCCUUCCGCUACGGACGGGAGGAUCUGGACGUUCUGGGACUGACCUUUCGGAAGGACCUGUUUGUGGCCAACAUCCAGGCCUUCCCCCCGGUCCCUGAGGAGAAGAAACCCCUGACGCGACUCCAGGAGCGGCUGAUUAAGAAGCUUGGCGAGCAUGCUUACCCCUUCACUUUUGAGUGCCUGUGUUUUGACGAUGGGGUGAAGUGA